CUCCCUAAUCCACCUCUCCGUCGUCGUCUUUACAUUUCUUUCUUUGGUCGCAUUGCCUGACACUUGCCUGACACCUUUGUUCGUACCUUUUGUAAUUCCUUCACCGGUGCCUCUUCGACUCUUUGUUUGCCCAGUCGCUAGAGGAGACUCGCCUUUCUCAAGCAGGCUUGCUGGCUGUGACACGUCGGCGACCGCUUGAAACGCCUUGGGACUUCGCAUCGAAUAUAUUGUUCGAUAAUUCAAACCCAUACCAAUUUCGCCACAAUGCCUACCUCGCGAUCUCUACCGACGAAGCGCAAUCCGCUUGUGUCCCCAGGAGCGGCCCCGUCUUACGAGGACUUGCUCAACCGCAGACGCCUAGGCAAAACGAAACUCACCGUCAAGCCAGGCCAAGUUGGUACUUCGAAUGCGACCAAAGCGGAGAAUUUGGGCCCCUUCGAGUAUGCGCAUCUACGCGCCCCUCUUCCGGAAGACCUCACUGGCUCGGAGAUCUUCGCGUCACAGCAGAACCAAGCGCACCCAGAAACCUAUUUCUUGAUGGUAUGAUACUCAUAUCCCAUAUAGGCUGUGCGAUAUCUGACCAAGACAGCGGAGGAGUAAGGAUGGUUUCGUCAGCGCUACGGGCAUGUUCAAGAUCGCAUUCCCUUGGGCGGCACACGCAGAGGAGAAGGCAGAACGUGAUUAUCUCAAGAGCUUGGACCUGACAAGCCAGGAUGAAGUUGCAGGCAACGUUUGGGUCGCACCGGGAUUCGCUCUCGAGCUAGCAAACGACUAUGGCCUCCAGGACUGGAUUCGAGCGCUGUUGGAUCCAGCCGAGAUUAUCCAAACCAACUCGAGCGCGAAGAAGCCCAUAAAUGCACCUCCAAAAUUCGAUCUUACAGUCGACAAGAUCAAGUUGCCUCCCCCUUCAGCGACAAAGACACCUCGAUCACGGUCGACUCGAUCUUCGUCUCCGACUAAAGCGAGCAGCCCAACCAAAGCCAAGGCUUCUCCUAGGAAGAGGCAGACCAAAGCUCAGAAGGAAGCCAACAUUGCCAACGCCAACGCUGCCAGUGCUUCCCUGCAAUCAGCCCUUGACGACGCAGCCUCGGUGGCAGAGACUACGGAAAAUGAAGCCAAACAGGAGCCACCGGCUGCUAGUGUGGCAGCUGUUGCAGAUGAAGACAAGGUCAGAGUUGAGGUGGAUCAGUCAGUAGAGGUUGAUGGAACAACCGAAACGACUCAUACCAAUGUGACCGUGGAAAUGCCGGCCGGUUUGCCCGAGCUUCCCUUGCCUGGGGAUACUGAAAAGAUGCUCGAGACAGCGAAGAAGAUGGUGGAAGAGGCCAAAGCUCUCGACGGUGCGCCCAAGACCAAGAAGCGCAAAGCUCAAGACCCAGAGCCUUCAGACAUUGAUGCAGAGCUACCCGCACAGCCGGCAAAGAAGGCCCGUGUGUUGGAAGAAAAAUUGAAGCGAGAAAAGGUCAGGACAAGAGCAGUUUUGGGCGUAACGGCGACGCUGGCUAUCGCUGCUGCCAUUCCCUAUUUCUUCUGAGGAUUCAAUGCAGCAACAGUGUUUGAUGCGACCCAACCCUUUUUGCGAUAUUGCCUCUACCUUGGGCAUCGAAAUGAACUAGCCGGACGUGGUGAGAGUAUCCCACCUGGCAAUCGUCUCACCUCAAGGAAUACUUCCGACCUCACCGUAGCCGGGAGCGUGCCUUGAAUGCUGUCCGAGUUCCUGUCGAGACAUUUCCGAUUAUCAAAAUUCUCAGUAUACCAGAUACCUUUGCUUUACACGAAUGUUGAACCUAGCAAGAUCAAACCAGAGCCUUGUCUUAAUGGCAUAUGGCCAUAGACAGGACAGCCAUCGGCCUGACGAGCGACUUGACGCCCAGAGAUUCCGAUCAGUGUUGGACAUCCGUCACAGCCUAUGUGAUAUAAUUUCUUGUACUAGAACCCCAGCGUCAUCUCAACCAGGGUCCGUCCACAUGGCAAUUCCCAUCUUCAAACGAGAUUUCUGACUGGAGUGACUUCCAA